AUGGCGCGGGCCGGCAAGCUGGACGAAGGCGGCUCGGCGCGCGGCCUGGGCAUCGUCAACGUGCCUCUACCGCAUCACCUCUCCUCCUCUGAUCACCGCGGCCGAUAUCCCACCCCACCGCCUCCCGCGGCCAUCGCAGGGAUCGAGUCGAAGCGCGCCGUUCGGCCAAGCCCCGAAUCGCCCCCGCCGCCGAUGCUCCCCGUGCCGGCAAGGGUGAGUCACGCCAUCCCCGACACGCCAUCGCUGGAGGCGGCCGCGGCAGCUCCCGCCAGGACGAGGUCGCGACGCAAGACGCUGCUGCAGCGCAUCGAGGGGUGGUGGGAUCUGGGGCUCCUGGAGAGGAGGCAGACGCUGCUGAGGAGCCGGAGCAAAACGAUGGCGGAGCAGAAACUGUGA